GAAACAUAAUCCUUUCAUUUCAAUGGACACCAUAAGAAAUAAUGCAACUCGUUGUGCGAAAAUAGUUCCUGCUACCCAACUUGAUACCGAUAUAAAUGCUGAUCAAUUACCACAAGUUGUCUAUUAUACACCAAAUCAAAAAAAUGAUGGACAUGACACUGGUGUAGCAUUUGCAGACAAUUGGUUAAAAAAUUGGCUUGAACCAAAACUUCUUAAACCAGCAUUCACAACAAAUACAUUAAUCUUUGUCACUUUUGAUGAAGAUGACGAUACUGAAGGCAAUCAUAUUUACAGCAGUCUUCUCGGUACUCCUGUUGUUCCUCCUGCCAGCCAUAACGACACUACCGCUUACACCCUCUUUUCAUACUUGUCUACCUUAGAGCAAAAUUGGAAUUUGCAAAAUUUAG